AUGCCCGACGUAUUCGCCGUUCCCGUCUUCUUCAUCGUGUUCAGAGAGACAUUGGAGACCACGAUCGUUGUGUCGGUUCUGCUCUCGUUUCUCAAACAGCAACUUGGACCGGACAAAGACCGGAGUGUUUACAAGAAGCUGCGCAACCAGGUCUGGUACGGCGUCCUCGUCGGCUUCGUGAUAUGUCUGAUUAUAGGUUGCGGCAUGAUCGGGGCCUUCUAUGGUAUUGGCACCGAUAGCUGGGGUUCGGCCGAGGACAUCUGGGAGGGUGUGUUCGCCCUAGUCGCAUCAAUCAUCAUUGCUCUUAUGGGCGCUGCUCUCCUGCGCAUUUCCAAGAUGCAGGCGAAGUGGAAGGUCAAGCUCGCCAAGGCACUGGAGGCCAAGGACAACAAACAUGCCAGAUUCGGGAACCGCUUCAAGGCAUGGGCUGAGAAAUAUGCCAUGUUUCUUCUCCCGUUCAUCACCGUGCUGCGUGAAGGCAUCGAAGCGAUCGUCUUCGUUGGUGGUGUGAGCCUUGGUGUCCAGGCAAGCUCCAUCCCGUUACCAACUGUCUGCGGUCUGCUCGCGGGCUGCGCCGUCGGCUUCCUCAUCUACAAGGGUGGCAAUCAAGCUCCUCUGCAAUUGUUCCUCAUCGCCAGCACGAGCUUUCUCUAUCUCGUGGCGGCCGGUCUGUUCUCACGCAGUAUCUGGUACUUCGAGACCGAUGCUUGGAACAAGGCGACUGGUGGCGACGCAUCAGAGAACGGCUCUGGGCCUGGCUCGUACGACAUCCGCAAGAGUGUGUGGCACGUCAACUGUUGCAACCCGGAGCUGAACGGCGGAGGUGGUUGGGGUAUUUUCAACGCCCUCCUUGGGUGGCAGAACAGCGCGACCUAUGGCAGUGUUAUUGGAUACAAUGUUUUCUGGAUUGUGACCAUCACCGGAUUCGUCGUGAUGAGAUUCCAGGAGAAGAAAGGACACCUGCCCUUUAUGAAGAAGAAUGCCGGUGACGGAGCCAUGAUUGACAGGAAGACGAGUGACGACGAGUCAAGCAGCGUUGGUCACGCGGAAGAGAAGGGCUUGGCCGGCAAGAGCAAGGAGGUCGAUAGCCAUGCAUGA